AUGAUUGCUAUCGUGGAAGUCUUUUCUUGUCCCACAGCACUGCCUGACGACUUAAGUGACCUGUUGAGGGAGUUCGAUGAGGUGAUUGAGGACUUUGACAAGGGUCCCGUGUGUCAGUAUGAACAGCAUUUGGAGGACCUGAAGAGGAAAGCAGGCCACAGUGUGUAUGACAGCGGCAUUGAUGAGCUGCAGAGUACUAGCACCUCCCCAGGAAGCAGUCUAAACUCCAGUGAGGAGGAUCUCAAUGCUCCUGCCAACACUUACCCCUCUAAAGCUAAGCUUGGAGACACACAGGAGCUUGAAGAGUUCAUUGCAGAUCUUGACAAAGUGCUAGAAGAGAUGUGAGCUGUGGCUUUGGUGGAGAGUUUGGAGAGGAGUAUUUGCAGC